UCCCACCGCAGCCAGUCGGUCUGUGCGCGUCCGCGUCAAAGAGUGUGUUCACAGAAGAGCAGUGGUCAUCAAGGCUCUGUUAUUCUGAUAUUAAUCUCUUAACAUGGAUUGCUCCGAAGAGGUGCAGUCACUUUCGGAUGAAACUGGCACUCCCGUGGAGUUAAAGAAGGGAAUGUCUAUAUUUUUAGACAUCUUGAGAAGAGCGGAUAAAAAUGAUGAUGGGAAGCUGUCUUUUGAAGAAUUUAAGGCUUAUUUCUCAGAUGGAGUUCUCUCAGGAGAUGAAUUAAAGGAGCUCUUCCAUAAGAUCGACACUCAUAACACAGACAAUGUGGACACAGAAGAGCUGUGUGAAUAUUUCUCUCAGCAUCUUGGAGAAUAUGAAAAUGUCCUUGCUGCCUUAGAAGACUUGAACGUCUCGAUAUUGAAGGCUAUGGACAAAACCAAAAAGGAUUACCAGGAGGCCACGCACCUGGAGCAGUUUGUGACUCGGUUUCUGCUGAAGGAGACAACGAGUCAGCUGCAGUCUCUUCAGAGCUCACUGGAGUGUGCCAUGGAGACCACAGCCGAGCAGACGCGGCAGGAAAGACAGGCACCCCUGAAGCCUGAGGUGCUGUCGAUUCAAUGGUCAGGAAGGCGAUCCAAUCGAAGGCUCCAACGGAAUAACAGCUUGUCUCCAAACAACCCACUUCUUAGCCUUGUCAAUUCAGGUGUCUAUGAGGAGGACAGUCAGUGGAUGAUCCAGAUAAACAGACUGCAGAAGCUGAUCGAUCGCCUGGAGAAGAAGGAGCUGCGUAUGGAGCCGGUAGAAGAGGAGGUCUCAGAAGGCUCCACCAAAUCGCACAUCCUGAUAGUGCAGAGGCAGCUGUCCGUGAUGGAGGACGAGCUGGAGGAGUUCCGCAUGGCUCUGCGGCAGUACGUUGACUGUGCCAGCGUCCAGACAGGCAGCCUCCAUGUUGCUGUUCAGAGGAUUGCAAACGAGUCUCGCUUCAUACUUUAUGAGUUCUGGGAGCACACCAGUUUGUGGAAGAAUCAUCUGCAGACGAACUACAGCAAAACGUUCCAGAGGGCCAACGUGGAUUUCUUGGAGACACCAGAAAUUACGACAACUAUGCUGGUACCAGCAUCGUGGUGGGUCCUGAACAACAAUUAGAGCCGCAAUAAUAAACAGCGAUCGAAAGGCAACAGAGUUUACCAUUACUAUGUCUCUAUCCUCUAAUGGAGCAGUGUUGUGUUACACCUCCUGUGAAGUUGUGGUGAAAAUCAUCGGAUGUCCAUGCUCCCUCAUCGUUAGCUCUUUAAAAAUAUGUACAUUCCUAGAUUUCUAAGGCAGUGGCCUAGUCACCAAACUCAGUGGUACUCUAUCCACUUUAUUUUUCAUGUGGAAUAAGUUUGUGUGAGAUUUAUUUUCCUGAUUCAUUACUUGCUGCAGUGGCAUUAGGCAGGAAUUCAUUUUAGUGGGGAAAUGAGAAAAUAGGAUAAAUGAAAUCACAGCAGGUUCUGUACAAUCAAGUUGAUAAGUAUGAUUUGCUCUUGCAUUAUGGGUGAAUGUCAGACAGCAGUAGAAUUGGUGCUAUUGUGAAGUUGUCAUUCAGUUAUUUGUGGCACAAUCUACCAUCAGCCAAUCUUGCCAUGUUUAUAGUGUUAAUAGGCACAAAAAAUAAAAGACAUUUAACAUCUUCCCUCAUAAAAACCACAUCUACCCUUCUUUUACUCCUCCUGCAGAACACCUUCAAUACUUCACUGGUUUUCACCUUGAUAGCUUGCGAAAGAGAAAUGGAAAUUGAUUGGUUAAUCCUGUUUCUUACGGUUUCUCCGCAUAGCAGCGGGUAGCCAGUGAAAUGUGAUUAAACAAACUAAUGGACUAAAGGUUUGUAAAUAAAACAGGAAUCAUAAUGAUGACUUCACUGUCCUUUUCUGCAGUCAGUCACAGUGACACCAGCCAAUCGUGACCAUGAGCUCAUGUACAAAGAAGAGGGCAGUUAUUGUUUUUCUUAGUGAUACGGUGGAACGGUGUGUCUUUGAGGAAGUGUCUUUGUUAGCCUUCGCUCUACCUGGAUGGUGGUAGUCGUGUGAUGGUGGGAGCUUGUGCUAGAGCUAGCUAGAAAAUUAGAGAGUAAAAAAAAAUUGGAAGAAAAUGAGGUUAAGAACAAUUUUUAUUUAAAAGACCUUAUUUUAAAUAAAAUAUAUAUAUAUAUAUAUAUAUUAUAAUAUCUAACCACAUAUAAAUGACACAAGAUAUGGUUAUUAUUGAAUUUAGAAAUGCUAGAAAUUACUUUAUUUCAUUGUUGAUUAUAAGUGAAUAUGCCAAAAUAUUACUCUAUAUGUAGACACACAGCAUAUUUAUGUUUUACAGUUAAUAAUAAGAGUCUUUGGUCUAUAAGCUUCCUUUAAUAAGACACUGAUUAAUCACAAUAGGAUCUUAGAUUGAGCAGUUAAUAAUAAUAAUAAUAAUAAUAAUAAUAAUAAUAAUAAUUUAACUUUCUAUUUUUAAUUGCUGAAUCAUUUUGUUUGGUGAUUAAACUGAAAUAAAAAACCUUGCAUUGUAUCUCGAACAGAUUGUUCCUGUCAAUGUGCUAAAAACUGAUUCUGAGUAAAAUGAUCACAAUGCUGGCGUUCACUGAUCAGCACCUCAUUAAUCCGUGACUCAGUGCUACAGUGUGAGUGAUCUGCAAUGUCCUGUACGGUUGUAGCUAGGCUGUGUAAGUGUCAGCACUAUUACAUAAGUGCUUCCUUAAGUAGCAGUACUUGUGACUUCAACCCUGAUCAACCCUUAAUGACCAGACGUUCUUCCCUCGGCAGUUUCUGUAUGAAGAUUCACUACAGUUGCUGUAUUUUUAUUGUAGUUUGUCCAUUGUGAAUAAAGAUAAAGGUUUAAGUCA